AUGUCAAUCUUCACUGAUAUGAUUGAGGAUUAUAUGGAGGUUUUCAUGGAUGAUUUCUCAGUUUAUGGGUCUUCAUUCAAAAGCUGUUUGGAUAAUCUCUGUAAGGUGCUAGCAAGGUGUGAAGAGAAGCAUUUGGUACUUAACUGGGAAAAGUGUCAUUUUAUGGUUAGAGAUGGCAUAGUGCUUGGCCACAGGGUUUCAGAAGCUGGAAUAGAAGUUGACCGCGCUAAGAUAGAGGUGAUGACAAGUCUUCAACUACCAGAGAAUGUGAAGGCAUUUGAAUUCACUGAUGAAUGUCGCAUAGCCUUUGAGAGGAUUAAGCAGGAGCUUGUGAGUGCACCUAUUGUUCAGCCACCAGAUUGGGAUCUGCCUUUUGAAAAGAAGGAUGCUAAGCCUAGACUUUUGAGAUGGAUUCUUCUUCUACAAGAGUUUGACAUUGAAGUGAGGGAUAAGAAGGGGAUAGAGAAUGGUGUUGCUGAUCACUUGUCCAGGAUUAGGAUUGAUGAUGAUGUCCCAAUUCGUGAUUGUCUACCUGAAGAGCAUGUUUAUUUUGUUGAUACUGGGUUUCGGACUGAAGAGUCGAAGGUUUUGUCUUCGGAUGCAUAUGGUGUCGAUCGACACCAACCAGGUGGCAUCGAUCGACACCCUUUGUUUCCCGAAACGGAUUGGUCUAAUGAUGGAGACUUAGCUGCUGUGGCUAGCUCCAAUCAACCUUGGUAUGCUGAUAUUGCCAAUUAUCUUGCUGCAGAGGUAGAACCAGAAAAAUUCAUAGGCUAUCAUAAGAAGAGGUUCUUGAGAGAGCUAAGGAGAUAUUAUUGGGAUGAGCCUUAUUUGUACAAGCAUUGCAGUGAUGGUGUUUACAGAAGAUGUCUAGCUGAGACAGAAGUUCCUGAUGUUCUAUUUUACUGUCAUGGAUCAGAUUACGCUGGACACUUUGCUACUUUCAAGACAGUGUCUAAGGUUCUACAAGCUGGGUUUUGGUGGCCAACAAUGUUCAAGGAUGCUAAUGAGUUUGUCUCUAGAUGUGAUGCUUGUCAGCGGAAAGUGGCUGUUGACUAUGUCUCCAAGUGGGCUGAAGCAAUUGCAAGUCCAACGAAUGAUUCUGCUGUGGUUCUUAAGCUGUUUAAGACCAUUAUCUUUCCGCGGUUUGGAGUUCCUAGCAUUUUCAUCAGUGAUGGAGUGGCUAGUCCAUAUCAUCCGCAGACUAGUGGACAAGUUGAAGUCUCCAACAGGCAGAUUAAGGAGAUUCUAGAGAAAACAGUGGGUGUUACAAGGAAAGAUUGGGCUAUGAAGCUUGAUGAUGCACUUUGGGCAUAUAGAACUGCUUAUAAAACACCACUUGGCACUACUCCUUUCCAUCUGCUUUAUGGGAAAGCCUGUCAUCUUCCAGUGGAGUUAGAGCACAAAGCAGCCUGGGCAGUUAAAUUGAUGAAUUUGGAUGCCAAGACAGCUUCAGAGAGAAGACACUUUGAGCCUAAUGACCAGGUUCUCCUUUACAAUUCCCGCUUGAAGCUGUUUCCUGGAAAGCUGCGUUCCCGCUGGUCUGGUCCUUUUACUGUUCAAGAAGUCAGACCAUAUGGAGCUAUUGUGCUGUUGAACUCAAAAGGGGAGAAAUUUACUGUUAAUGGCCAAACGGUGAAACACUAUUGGGCAAAAGCUGAGAUACCAGACGGACACAUUGUGCGUUUGGAUGAUGCACCCUCUGCCUAA